GAAAACGCAUUGAUAUUAAUUUCAUAAACAUUGUGACUGUUAGAAAGCCCAUAACUUACAUUGCAUUGUAUGUUCAGCUUAGAGUGUCGUUUGUCCUACGGUGUUCAGCGGUCAGUAAACGCACCACAGUGCGGGACGUUUUUUCGGUUGAACAAUAUAUAGAUCUCUGAGCCUUAUUGUGCCUCAUACAUCAUAUCACCAGGUUGAUGCUGUGCGUGAAUGCAUAAAGUACCACAUCAUAACCUAAAUAAAACCACCAAAAGAGGACAACCUUCCGUGUUCUUUGAUUUGAACACACCCCCUAUAUCUUUGACGCUCCAAACUAGUACAAUCAUCAUCAUCAUCCAUCCUGCACCCCAGAAGUUGCUGAUGGCUUACUUCAAUGAGAGAACAGAGGAACUGAUACUCUUUGCUGAUAUGUCUGCCACUGCAGCUGAUGUUGAGCGCACCCUGACCCUCCCAGCCAGUCCACGAGUGAUUCUACUGGGGCUUGCUGCAGUUUUUGCAACCUUCUAUGUGUUCAACCUGCGGUACCAAGAAGAAGCGGCAAGGACACUGGAGUUUGUUCAAAGUGGCCUCUCCUUGUGCCUGUCGGUCCACCGCUCUUUCGUCCUGUGGCUUCGCUGCUCUCCGUUUGAGCUCCGCCUCCUGCUGACCACCUCAACGGGUGGUCUGGCAAUCAAUACCAGCAGAGUCGGCGCCCAGCUGUUCCUGCAGGACCAGACUUUACCCAGCCAUCUACUUCCUGUGCUGUACUUGUACUCACGCGAAGGGAGUCGGCUUGCUAACGCUACCACAGUACCAUACAGUACCACACAGUACUAUGGAGUGAUGAUGGAGCACACAGACCUCACAGCUCGGAGACCGGAGUUCAAUCCCACCCUCGGCCAUCUCUGUGUGGAGUUUGCAUGUUCUCCCCGUGCAUGCGUGGGUUUUCUCCAGGCAUCUUUUUAUUUUAUCUUCAGUUUCCCCAAAUGGAUCCACAAACAAGGUCCGCUUUUCAUGGGGAUAAAUAACCUUUCGGAAGGUCUUGCUGCACCUGGGACAGUGACUGGGAGGACAGAGGCAGUUGGUCCUGUGGCAGCGAGGACAGAGACAGCUGGGACAGUGGCUGUAGGCGUGGCGGCGAGGACAAUGGCGGCACAGACAGAAGCAGUCGGCAGACGUAGCUUGGACAGUGGCUGCAGGUCUUGAGGUGGCGAGGGCUGAGGCUACUGCGACAAUCACCAAAGGUCUUAUGCCGGGGAGGACAAUGACUGCAGGUCUUGUGGCAGUGAGGACAGUGGCAGUGGGGACAGACACACCUGGCACAUUGACAGCAGUUCCUGUGGCAGCGUAUUCACCAAUUUUGGAGGGAAUCCACAGAUUCUCCUGCCUGAAAUGUUUUAGGUGGUCAUGCUGAUUUUUUCGUAAUCCACUCCAUUGUCCCCAAGGAGAUCAGCACUUUUCCCGUGGAUUGUUGUGAUGGUGAAGGGCCCAAGAAAAUUGGACUCCAGCUUCCCACCCUUACACUGUUGGCUCCUCACAUUCUGUCGCCACACUCUGUCACCCGCUGCAAAGCUGACUUGCUUCCGUUUCAAACUAAUCUCUUGCACGGUUCUCUGCUGAGAUCGGGACGCGUUUUUGAGGACUGUGUCCCUGAUCUCAUCAAGGGAUGCCUAAUGUCCUCGCAAACUGUCUCCGCUCCAAUAUAAUCCUCCACACCGCUGUCCAUCUGUAAAAUAGACAAUAGCUCAUGCUACACUUUCAUUCUACGAAUACAUUCAAUAUGAAAGAAAACAGCAUGGAAAUAUAUUACUUCUUUAAUUUCAUAAUAACAUUAAUUCUUCAUAAUGUCAUUCAACUUAAUACUGCAUUUCACAAACCUGAAAGUCCUCUGGAAUUUCUAUUGGGUAGCAGGCUUCACAGCCAAACAUUAAAAAGUAGGGAGAAUUUGGUUGCUUUUUGGUUCGCAACCCAAACAUAACAGCAUCCAAAUAUUUAGCCCACAUUUCAGGUUUGGACCCUAUCAGUUUACCAAGAGCCCUAAAAGAGAAAAAAAUAGACUGCAAAUCUAUUCAACAAUAUAAUUUGUGAGGGACAACUUGGAUGACAAGGUGACAUUACUUACCUCUGGAUGGUUGCGUUCAUACGCUCCACCAGACUAAUUGGUUUGAGGAUCGUAGGGGGCACACAAACUUCUUUUGAUACCCAAUAUUUUGCAGACAUUCUUAUUGAUCUGGUAACACAUAUACAACUUCAGUAUUGCAUAAUUGCUAAACAUAUGAAGACACCUUAUUUUCAACACAUUAAUAGAUUCCAAUGAGUUGCAGUAAUGUGUGAUAGAACAGUUUCAGCUAAAUGGAAAGGAAAGGUAUACAAAAGUGUGGAGAGACCAGCCAUGUUGUUUGGUUUGGAGACAGGACGCAGAACUGGAGGUAGCAGAGAUGAGGAUGCUGAGGUUCUCAUUGGGAGUGACCAGGAUGGAUAGGAUUAGGAAGGAGUACAUCAGAGGGAUGUUACAUGUUAGAGGCCUUGGAGAUAAAGUCCUUUAGGCCAGACUGAGAUGGUUGGAGACAUAGUGACUAUAUUGGUAGAAGGAUGCUGCCAGGUAGGAGGCAUAGAGGAAGACCAAAGAGGAGGUUUAUGGAUGUAUUGAAGGAGGACAUGAGGGUAGUUGGUGUGCGAGAGACAGAUGCAGAAGACAGGGUUGGAUGGAGGAGAUUGAUUUGCUGUGGCGACCCCUGAAGGGAAAAGCCCAAAGAGAGAGAAAGACGAAGAAUAGAUUCCAAUAAGAUGUAAGUUCUGUGCUUACCGCAUUUACAACCUCACUCCCUUGGUCUGUGAGAAUGCGUUUCGGUGCUACGAAUUGAUGAAUCUGUGACCUCCUCAGCCCUUUUUGUCUUCAGGGGAUAGGCUUGUGGCCACUCGGUGAAAUAGUCCGCCAUCACGCACACAUACGUGUGUCCAUUGUUUGUGGUGGUCAGUUUGCCAAUGAGGUCCAUACCCACAAGUUCAAAUGGCUGUGUGACCUAAAAAAAAAACAGUGAAACAUUAAAUUAGCUUUGACACCAGCCAGAACACCCAGAACACAGCUUCUACACAGUUCUAUUGUUCAUACUGCUUAAGCUUACUUGUGUGUGACUCCUGCUCGGUUAGCCCAGCUCUCCCUACCCAUCCGGCCAGCUUUUUGCCAAACGCAAGCUGUUUACCUGAUCCGGUGUUCGUGGUGACAUUUUCUGUUGUUUUCCUUCGCCACCCCCUUGUGUUGCUCUUUUGGAUUUUGCUUUGGACUUGCUAUUAAAGACACUAAAACUGCUCCUCGUGUUGCCCGCCUCUGCAUAAAAUGCAGAUUAUUAGAGCAAUAUUGCAGGGAGAAGACAAAAUGACAGUAAUAAAAGAAAUGAUACCUUUAUGGGAGUAUGUUGGACAUUCUGCUUUAUGGUAUGCUGAGCCGCCUGGCAGACAGUACAUUCUAACACCUGGGUAACACAAGAUGGAUGUAAACUACACAAGUUGGACUCGUACAUGAGAAUAAUUACUUUUCCAACACUAUGUUAUGAUGCUGAAGGUAAAUAAAAGGUGCAAUUGAAGGUCACAUAAUGACUAAUUGUAUUGUUUUUCCAGAUGGUCUGUAUUUGUUGACGCUUCUUAAUGUGAGAACAUUUCAUGUAAGACAUUGCCUUUUCCUGACGGUGACUAUUGUAUUUGUGAAUAAAGGCACAU